CAGUGUGAAGAGCGUCGCGCGCUCCGCACGUUUUUAUGACGCUUCUCUGUAAACAUCACUGAGGCGUCAGUCGCGUGAGGGAAGCUUUUAAACUUGGAGAUUGAUCUUAUUUGUCAAUUUAUUCUGCUCCUGCAAACCCUUCAACCCGUGAUUUGUCUGUCCACGCUGAGAUGGCCAGAAAAUCUGAAGUCCCGUCGGCGUAUUAUGGUGAACCUCGCAAGUUUGACCCAACAUUUAGAGGACCAGUUUAUAACAGAGGCUGCACGGAUGUGCUAUGCUGUGUGCUCUUCAUCAUUGUCAUCUUCAGCUACAUUGCACUGGGCAUUGUGGCUUGGAUUCAUGGGGACCCAAGGAAAGUGAUUUACCCCACAGACAGCACGGGUCAGUUCUGUGGGCAGAAGGGCACCCCUAAUGCAAAGAAAGCCAUAUUAUUCUACUUCAACAUACUUCAAUGUGCCAGCCCGUCUGUCCUGAUUAACCUCCAGUGCCCCACUACUCAGAUGUGUGUUUCCAAGUGCCCAGAUCGAUUUGCCACCUACACUGAUAUGCAGAUCAUGGAUAGUUUCAAUAAGAGCCACUGGAACUACUACAAGCAAUUCUGCAAACCAGGCUUCAACAACCCCAAAAAGUCUGUUGCACAAGUUCUAAGAGAUGAAGACUGCCCGUCAAUGAUAGUGCCGAGCCGACCAUUUUUGCAGCGUUGCUUCCCAGAUUUUAUGACCAGAAAUGGCACAUUAACUGUUGCUAACAAAACAGCUUUUAAAGAUGCACUGGACACAGCAAGAAGUGUGACUGAACUUAAGGAUGCAGCUAAUGGAAUUACAGGUAUCCUUGAGGCCAAGGAAGUUGGAAUGAAGAUCGUGGAGGAUUAUACCAGUUCUUGGUACUGGAUAGUGAUAGGGCUGGUCCUAGCGCUGGUCAUCAGUCUCAUCUUCAUCCUGAUGCUGCGUUUCACCGCAGGCUUCCUCCUCUGGUUCAUCAUCAUCGCUGUUAUCCUGCUGGUGGCCUAUGGCAUAUGGCACUGUUACUGGGAGUUCACAUAUCUCAGGGAGACCCCCGAGGUCGAUGUCACUAUCUCUAACAUCGGCUUUCAGAUGGAUCUUCACGUCUAUUUACAACUCAGCCAGACCUGGCUCAUCUUCUUGGUCACCCUGGGUCUGACUGAAGCCUCUAUAGUCAUCAUGCUCAUAUUCCUGAGAAAACGGGUUCGUAUUGCUAUCGCUCUGCUCAAGGAGGGCAGCAAGGCCAUCAGUUACAUCACGUCUGCUCUUUUCUAUCCCAUCAUCACCUUUGUGCUGCUGGCUAUCUGUAUCUCCUACUGGGCCAUGACUGCAGUAUUUCUUGCAUCUUCUGGCGAUGCUGUUUACAAAGUUACAUCACCUCUUCACAACUGCAAGUAUACGAAUCUGACCUGCAGUCCUGAGAACUUCAACAGAACUAACAUCACCAAGCAAUGUCCGGGUGCUCAGUGUCUUUUCGCAUUUUAUGGAGGCGAGAGCCUGUACCACCGCUACAUCUUUAUCCUGGAGCUUUGCAAUCUGUUGGUCUUCCUCUGGCUGGUGAAUUUCAUCAUUGCCCUGGGACAGUGCACUAUCGCUGGAGCUUUUGCCUCCUAUUACUGGGCCCAGAAGAAGCCUGCAGACAUCCCUCCCUGCCCAGUGUUCUCCUCCUUCGCCAGGGCUCUACGGUAUCACACAGGGUCUCUUGCAUUUGGAUCACUCAUCUUAGCUGUGGUUCAACUCAUGCGUGUCAUACUGGAGUACCUGGAUCACAAACUGAAAGGAGCUCACAAUGUGCUUGCACGUUUUCUGCUCUGCUGUCUGAAAUGCUGCUUCUGGUGUCUGGAACGAUUUAUACGCUUCAUAAAUAGGAAUGCUUAUAUCAUGAUUGCCAUUUACGGAAAGAACUUUUGCACUUCAGCGAGGGAGGCGUUCUAUUUAUUUAUGAGGAAUGUAGUGAGGGUGGCAGUGUUAGAUAAAGUGACAGACUUUCUGCUCUUUCUGGGAAAACUGUUGAUAGCAGGAAGUGUUGGUGUCAUUGCAUUUCUGCUCUUUACACGCAAAAUACCCAUCAUCCAAGACGAAGUUCCAGUGUUGAAUUACUACUGCGUGCCUCUCCUGACAGUAAUAUUCGGUUCCUAUUUGAUUGCGCACAGCUUUUUCAGCAUCUAUGCAAUGUGCGUGGACACGUUGUUCCUUUGUUUCUGCGAAGACUUGGAGAGAAAUGAUGGGACACCAGCCAAGCCUUUCCUCAUGUCUCCUGGCCUGAAAAGGAUUCUUGGAAGGCCCGAACAGAGUCCCAAAAGACACGUGGAUAAAAUUAUCUGAGCAGACGAGAUUACCUUGCUUAUAUAGUUAGCAUGCAUCGACCUACAUAUUGGCUGUAAUGUACUGUAACGGGAGCUGUGAUUUAUGGAAGCGGUCAUUUGACCCCACACCUCAAGAGACCAAAGACUCUCUGCACUGUAACAGCCAGGACCUGUGACCUUCGGCCUUUGACACGGUCAUUAUACUGCAAACUAACACAUUUGCCUAUUACUACUGAGUGCUGCCUUAUUCUGUGAUUGUCGGAGCAGUUCUUUUUUGGUCAGUCAAUAACUGAAAUGUAAAAGAUAAAAAAUCGUAAAAUCUGAAUAGAACAUGAGAAAUGAUGGGGUAUUACAGUACAUUUUUAUAACCAAAGUACAGUUUGGGCUGGUUUUACAGCCUUACCUGAAUCUUAAUCUAAAAAACAAUGCUGAUUUUAAGAAAACAGCUAAUGGGUAUCGGCUUUAACACUAGGAGGGCACCGAUACAGUACUUUACCUAAAUUUUUUUUGCAUUUUUGUAUAAAGGAUCAUUCACAGCAUUAUAAACAUUAAGCAUUUGAAGUCAACAAGAAAAUAUUUUUACGCAAUGAAAAUGUAAAUACAAAACAGUCUGUGACGAUCAUUUUGAUUGUAUUUUUUAAAUAUUCAAUCUAACAGCGCAUUGAAGAGCCUGCAACUUAAACCUGUAUUUCAAGAAUAACUUUGCACCUAUUGAGCCACUUUUGAUGUUCUACAUGCGUAGCAACAUCCUCCUUACAACCUUCAGUAUUACCGUACCGCAAUGUUUUGUUAUAUAGUCUUCCAGAUCACAAUUUUUCCAUAAAGAAUAAGACCAAGACAUAAAAUCAUCGCUCCAGUACAACUAAAGAAACUUCACAGAGGUUGAGCUGUUCUUGUAUAGCUCCAUUUAAAUGUAAAAAAAUUAAUUACUGAAUGACUCGUAUUAUAGCGAAAAAGUAUUAACCAAUAGUUGCAUGCAUAUCAAUUUUGUUCAGCUGAAAUUUCUAACUUUGUUAACGAGUUUGAAAGAUGUGAAGCACUCGAUAUAAGCAAAGGGCUUUUUGUGUAGCUCAAAUUAUUGGGAGGUGGUGGAGAAGGACAGUAAAUGUUCGGAGUGUGAAUAAGCCUACAAGUUACUAAACUGUUUAAAGACCCAAACCAUUAUCAUAGGUCUUAUACUUUUGUGAAGAUUAAGUUUUUGACAAUAUAAUUUCAAACUAGUGAAGGAAAAGCACAUCUAGAUUAUUAUUGUACUGUGAUAUUCAAUCUUAAAGUGAUACAGUUUUAUAAUCCUGGAUUUAACCACUUUUGUAAUGUUCUUGGA